AUGAGCGCCGACGGUGGGAAUGACCAGUCACGUUCGGGGAAGAGGACGGCGCUCAUUCUCUAUGGCUCAGAGACGGGAAACGCCCAGGAGGUGGCGGAGGAAUUGGGCCAGCUUGUGGAGCGGUUGCAUUUUAUAACACAUGUGUACGAGUUCAAUGCUGCCAAAGCCGAAUCACUGUCAUCCCACGUCUUGACGAUAUUCGUCGUAUCGACUACCGGACAAGGCGACUUCCCUGCCAACGCUCGCGAGUUCUGGAAGACAUUGCUCUUGAAGAAGCUGCCGCCUACAUUCUUGGACGGUGUGAAUUUUGCCCUCUUUGGGUUGGGAGACAGCUCCUAUCCGAAGUUCAACUGGGCUGCACGGAAACUCCGCAAGAGGCUGUUUCAGCUCGGUGCGAAUGAGGUAUUCCGGUUUGCUGAGGCUGAUGCACGGCAUCCUGACGGACUCGAGGGUACUUUCUUUCCAUGGUCUUUAGAUCUGCGGAAGUUCUUGUUGGAGAAAUAUCCGCUCCCUGAAGGCCAGGAUCCUAUACCAGAUGAUGUUCAGCUUCCACCGAAAUGGAUCCUGCAAGAGAAGCAGGACGGCGUCCCUCCUCCACCUGCAGUCGAGGAAGCGGCGCCUCAAUCAGAUCAGAAAGAUGGGAACGUCCCCGCCCAAAGGGGCGUCCCGAACCUAUAUCGCCUUGACCAUGACACACGGCCUAUCCCUGACACGAUGACGGUCACGUUGACGGAGAACAAGCGUGUUACACCGCCAACCCACUGGCAGGAUGUUCGUCACAUCUGCUUGACAACUCCUGAUCAGGUCUCUUAUGGUCCCGGGGACAUGAUUAUGAUCACACCGAAGAACUUUCCCGCCGAUGUGGACAUGCUCCUCAACAUGAUGGGCUGGACGGACGUCGCAGACAAGCCUAUCGAGUUUGUCCCUGGGGUCGGCCUACGGGGCAAGACGGAAGAUCUUCCCCCGCCGCCCAUCCCAUACUUGGUUUCUUCUUCUUAUUAUCCUUCCUCCCCCUCUUCGCAACCUCCCUAUCUGACCCUUCGCAUUCUUCUCACGGAAUAUCUGGACAUUCGAGCGAUACCCCGGCGGUCUUUUUUUGCAAGCAUUUAUCAUUAUUCGAACGAUGACUACCAUAAAGAACGCUUACUGGAGUUUACGAACCCGGAGUAUAUCGAUGAAUUAUGGGACUACACGACCCGACCCCGACGGAGCAUUCUGGAAGUGCUGCAGGAAUUUAACAGCGUGAAGAUCCCCUGGCAGCAUGCGACCUCGGUCCUUCCAGUCCUGCGCGGGAGACAGUUCAGCAUCGCAAGUGGCGGAGAACUCAAAAAAUGCACGCUGGACGGUGGCGGCAGCGGGACCAAGUUCGAGCUGCUGAUCGCCAUCGUCAAGUAUCAGACGGUCAUCAAGAAAAUCCGCGAGGGCGUCUGCACGCGCUACCUCGCCGUGCUCCGGCCCGGCAGCACCCUUAAAGUCCAGCUUCAGCGAGGCGGGCUCAAGCCGACGCUGCAACAGCUCGUCGGGCCCGCAGUGCUGGUCGGUCCCGGCACAGGUCUCGCACCGUUGCGGGCCAUGAUCUGGGAGAAAGCCGCCCUCGUGAAGGCUUACCGCGAAAAGCACCCGGACGGUCCGCCACCACCGAUCGGCUCCAUGAUCCUGCUGUUCGGAGGCCGCAACCGGGGAGCAGACUACUUCUACGAGGAGGAAUGGAAGCAGCUCAUGGAGACCGGGGGCAUCGACCUGCAGGUCCUGACGGCCUUUUCGCGAGACCAGCGACACAAGAUCUACGUCCAGGACCGGAUCCGCGAGAACAAAUCGCUCUUCUUCCGCCUGCUGCACGACCAGUCCGGAUCGGUCUUCAUCUGCGGUUCCUCGGGCAGGAUGCCCCAGGCGAUCCGAGAGGCGUUGAUCGAGUGCUUCCAGCAGCAGGAUAGCCCAUCAGGGCCGAAGUAUACCCGGGAGCAGGCGGAGCAGUAUCUGAUAGAGAUGGAGAAAAUUGGUCGCUACAAGCAGGAAACUUGGUGA